AGCGGGUUCGUAAACAAUAGUUGAAUAUUGUUUAAACUUACUGCGGUAUUGGUAUCUUUGCGGACUGUCACCUCUCCAGAACAGAAGGAGAAAUAACGUGAAUCGAACGAAGCUGUUUGACAGUGUUUAUCACGUUUGUUAACAUUAAUCUAGGAAUGUUCCAAUGUCAGCCGACCAGGAAGCACAGGAGGAUGAACUGCUUGCUCUAGCGAGCAUCUAUGAUGAAGACGAGUUUCGCAGAGCCGAAUCAGGAAAAGAGGGCGAGAUUCAUCUGUGCCUGGAGCUUCCUCCGAGCUUCAAACUGCUAGUUAAGGGACAGACCUCCACAGAGCAUCAUGUAUCAUUUCUACCUCCGCUGGUUCUGAGUUUUGAGUUCCCGGCUGACUAUCCUUCAGCAUCAGCUCCGCUUUUUACUAUAAGCUCCAAAUGGCUCAGGAGAGCCCAGAUCACUGCACUUUGCAGGAGACUGGACGAGCUUUGGGAGGAGAACCAAGGCAACGUGGUUCUUUUUACCUGGAUGCAGUUUCUAAAGGAAGAGACCCUAGACUUUUUGGGAAUCCAGUCACCGCUGGAAAUCCAAAGCCUUGAGAGCCAGCCUCAGUGUGAGUCUGGCCCAAAACAAGCUGUAGAAGUCCCCGGGGAAAAAAGUAAAGAUUUAGACGCCAGAGCCGUGCAAGAAGUCGACGCUCGCACAGACAUACUGACUCAGCUGCUGGAUUUUGACGAAGCUCAGAAGCAGAAGGUGUUUGAUGGGAAGGUGUUCUGCUGCGGCAUCUGUUACUCCGAGAAGCUCGGAUCCGACUCUCUGCUCUUCAAAGAGUGUCAGCAUGUGUACUGCAAGGCCUGCAUGAAGGAAUACUUUCAGAUCCAGAUUAGAGAUGGAAAAGUCCAGUGCCUUAACUGCCCUGAACCAAAGUGCAUGUCCAUGGCCACUCCUUCACAGGUGAAACUUCUCGUGGGCGAAGAUGAGUUUGCACGCUACGAUCGUCUCCUGCUGCAGUCGAGUCUGGACCUGAUGGCGGAUGUGGUGUAUUGUCCUCGUAUGAGCUGCUGUAUGGCUGUGAUGGUGGAGCCUGACUCCACCAUGGGCAUCUGUCCCGCCUGCAGAUACGCCUUCUGUACCCUCUGUAAGAGGAGCUAUCACGGCCUCUCUCACUGCAUAGUGACUGCUGAUGAGCUUCGUAAUUUGCGGGAUGAGUAUAUGUCUGCGAGUGAAGAGGGGAAGAAGUUCCUUGAGAAGCGUUUUGGUCGGCGGGUCAUUCAGAAGGCGGUGGAGGAGUCUUUCAGCACAGACUGGCUGAAGGAUAACUGUAAACAGUGCCCUUGCUGUGGCACUAAUAUACAGAAGGUGCACGGCUGUAACAAGAUGACCUGUUCGUCCUGUCAGAAGUACUUCUGCUGGAUCUGUCUGGGAGCUCUCAGCAAGGUGAACCCCUACAGCCACUUCAACAACCCCGGCUCGCCCUGCUAUAACCAAUUGUUUCAAGGAGUGGAAAUGGACGAGGAAGAAGGCUUUGGGAGCGACGAAGAUAACUGACCCACUGUAAAUGAAAUGUUUAAAGGAUGGCAGUGUUUUCCUGCACAUCAGUGGAUCAGAACCCCAAGCCCAAGACCUGACCACAGUAUCACCCAUUUUUUAGCAAUAUAUAUAUAUAUUUUAUUUGCAUUUUUUUGCAAUUCAAAUUCCAGUUCACAAGCAUCCCUUCAAAUAGUUUUAUUAUAGAUUGUAAACGUUUUCACUGCUACGUACAGCCAUGCAGGAGAUCACCCCAUAUAUCCUCUAUCUAUAUAGUUAAUGAAUUGGUUUUCUUUAAUGUUACCAUCUUUUCAGAAGAUGUAAUGUUUAUAUAGGGAUCCUCAGCUAUUGCUGUCAUUGUUAAUAAUGUACAUGUCAUCCUUUGGACAAAGGUGGAUGGAUUUAGCAGGAAAAUAAAUGUUAAAUGAGUUCUUGGGGCAUGAAUACUGUCUUUGAUUGGGUGACACAUUAUCAAGAUUUUAGGUUAUAGUUAUUAAACAUGUAGAGGACUUUAUUUAAUAUAUUCAAGCUAAACAAACUGCACGUGCUGAAAUAAUUCUGCUGGCACUGCACAGUACAGCUAUUUCCAUAUUAGUGUGUGCAUUGGUUAUUAUUAUUAACUAACAGAAUUCUGUGUAAAGACACAAUGUCACAUAAGAGCCAGACUGAAUUAAUACAUGCAUUGGACAAAAGGUAAUUAAAGACUUAUUUCUGGAUCAAUUUAGGCAGAAUGGUUAACAAAUGACCCAUAAAUACAAUAGCAUAUUAGUUUUUGACCAAUAGGUGGCGCUGUCUCUAAACUGAUGCGGUGUUGUCAAUCUUUAAAUCAAUUGAAACGUUUGUGAAUCUCUCUGUAAAUGCAACAAAAACUAAGGCCAAGACAUGCAUAAAUACAGCUUUUACAAACCCAGUUCAAAUGCUUUAUGGAAUUGAAAGUAUAAUAUAUUAAAUGCAAUUAAUUUAUCAAAUUCCAUUAAAUUUGAAGUGUCUGUGUAACGUUUUCUUAAUUUGCAGGGUUUUUUUGUUUUAUAGAGGUCUAAACAAGUCAAUAAAAGACUAUUAACAACUGUUAGCAUUGUUUAUUACAAAAACAGGAUGUUUUGGUGUGGGGUGACUCAUGUGUCUCAGUUCAUCUCCAGUUGUGUGCACCGAGCACUGAGUUUGUCUACUAAAGAAAGAAAGCUGUGGACUUUUGCCUGAUGUUGGCUGGAAAACGGUUUAUGGUGUUUGUUUGGUUCUUGAAAAGCUGUAAUAAGGAAGUGUUUUAUAUCCGGGAGGUGUUUUUGGACUUUGUGAAAAAUUGAAAUUAUGGAAUGUAGGAACGUUUAUGGGGACUGGUUGAUAUAAAUCAAUAUAUGUU